AUGGCGAGGAAGAAUCACCACGGACAGCGCAGCGAGUCAGGCCGGACCUUGCCAGGGAAGAAGCUCGCCAAACAGAAAUCCAAUGGCCAUCUGAAUGGCCUUCCUAACGGACUUCACCAGGCCUCCAGCAAUACUCCUCCCACUCCAACUACGACUCCUCCCACUACUUCUUCACCACCAGCAACUUCUAUUUCUCCGCCUGUAGCUGCUGCUUCCACGCCUUCUCUCUCCUACGCCUCCGCUAAGACUCCGCAAAACCCCGAUGGCCAGCUCGAAAACGGUUAUGGCUCCUCGCAUGGUAUGGCCGGUAUGACCAAGAAAGAAGCAAGCGGGCGUGGAAGUGGAAGUGGAAGUGCUCAGGUUAACGGAAGCAACGGUCACGCCAUGGUUAGUAGUGGUGGUGGUAAUGGUGGUAAUGGUGGAGGAGAUGCCGUCAUGCCACCAAAUGGCCACCCUACCUACUCAGCUGCGAACUGCAUCCCGGCCGGAGACCGAUUCGACGAACAUUUCCCCCGUCGAGCCGAUAGGACGGCUCCCGCCGUGAAAAAGGCCCAUUCCUCCCGUAAAGGUGUCAAUCCGUUGGUCCUUGCUUCGACGAUCCUCAAAGCCUGUCCCACGUCAGAUACAAUCGCCAUUCUCAUUCUCCUUCUACAGCUCCCUCCCAUCGUCUUGACCCUAGUUCAGUUUCUCUAUGCUUCCAUGACCUUCAUGCUACCAGCUGGUGUCUCUACUGGAACCCUGACCUCGAAUUUUGACAUUUUCCAAGGACCGGCUGGAACUCCUUCGCUAAGUACAAUGAUUGCAAUGGAUGGGUUUUGCCUACUUGUAUGGGGUUUGUUUAUGUGGAAUUGGGCAAAGAAUUUCGCUAUAGACCUCGCCCAUGUUCAGGUAGCAAUUGCUUUGGGCGCUGGAAGCUCUGGGGGCACCGGAGGUGUCAACACUUUUUGUGUCUCCAUGGUGCUCAUCGUACACCUCUUACGGAGCGAAGGGAUACAGACAUUUCUUCUUGGCCAUUUGUUUUCAGCAAAACUCCUUUCUCCUGAAACAGUCGCAAAGUACUCUUAUCUGAUACCCGCAGAGUUUCGGCGUCAAGACAGUUCUUCACCUCCUAGUUGGAUAGGAAGCCUCCUUGCAGUACACAUCUUGGCUCAGGCUGGAACUGCCAUGGCUCGACGGUCAAUGGCCAAGAACCGGUCUUCUCCUCGAGCCAAAAGUAGUGAAAGGUCUGCUGCGGAUACACCUGCUGCCGGAACAUCGACAUUACCUGAUAUCUCCUCUAUUGAACCUUCAACUGCUUUAUCCUCUGGCAUUUCGUCGGAACCUGCACAGUCAAGUUCCAGUUUAAAAGAUACAAAGGAACGGGUCUCCACUGCUAAAAAACGACGUCGUCAAGCCAACGAGGCGAGAAGGAUACAACCUUUUUGGGCCGCUUUGGCUAGCACAAAAUUUACUGUCACUAGAGAAUAUGAACGAUCCCGGAAUGGUAACUGGUACUCCCCUAAUGUCCCUACUUCGGAAGAAGAUUUGGAUGGCGUAUCGCCUGAAAACGCAUUUAUUUGGAUUACUGGCGUGGAUACCUCAAGCAUUGAAUUUGCUGCAAAUGAUUUCAAUAUCAGUGAAGACGCUGUUACUGAAGGUGCCGCUUAUGGCGCUGCAGGGCCAUUUUACGUUCGUGUCAACGGCGCACAUUGGGCUCCUGUUACGCUUUCUAGGGUAACUGAUUCAUCCAAGGAUCAACCUGUUGCUCACUGGAGAGGGGAGAUUUCUGGAUUAGCGCCAGACUGCACAUAUACCUGUAGCUUUGUGUGUGUCGAUACAAACGAGGAAGUCUGUGUUGUGAGCGUCAAGACACCGUCAGCACCCGUCACAGACCAAGUCAUUACUCCUCCCGUCGCUUUGUCUCCGCAGCAAUCUCUACGGCCUUCAUCGCCAUCAACAACCGUCAAGAACUCGAUAGUUAAUGCUGAAGCCAAGCUAAACGAACGCCGCUCCCGCCUUAAACGCUCUAGAAACAACCACAAACUUCAUCUUUCCAAAGUCAAACGUGAGCUAGAUGGCUUGACCCACAGACUAUCGAGUGGUGGAGACGAAAGCCGCCAAAAGCAACGCUCCCUUCAGCUCGAACGGACCAUCCGCCAAACUGAGGACGCAACUACUGCAAUCGAAGCACAGCUUGAGAACCUUGAGAAAUCAUUCGGACCGGGUACUGAGCUAGAGGAAUGGAAUGCUCGAAAGGCCGUCAUUGAAGCGGAGACGUCAAAGCUAAAGGCUCUCAAACAGGAAGUUGAGACUGCUAAAUCCAAUAUGGCAAAAGCUGUCACAACUUCCGAAGCGGAGCUCGCGUCUACUGUACAAAAGAGAGAACGUCUUCAGAGCCGUCUUAACCGUCUAACUGCCCAGCACGAACGCAUUAUCUCCUCUACCAAUGCUCAGGACCUAGCGGAACGUGAACAACAAGCCCAGAUGCAAAUGGCCCAGUCAGCCAUGUACAACAGCUACUUGCCAGGAGCUUUUAUCCCCAAGGUUCCAGCAAGGUUUCGUCUGAUCCCUGCAUGUGGUGGUGACCCUAACCUCUUCAUUGAUGUUGAAAUCUCAAGCGAGCCAGCGAGUAAUAUUCAAAACAUAUUCAGAUCCGAUCUGUAUAGAUUGAAUUAUAACCCGCUCACCUACAGUGGUAUAGAGCAGAGUAUACCCGUAGAGUUCGCAACCGAAACCAGCAAUGGAGUCGAAAUUGAAGUCGAAGUUCGCGAAAGCCUUCGAAUUCAUAUGCAAAUACUUACUCCGACCGGCGUACCGAUUACGCCAUGGUACGUCGAGCGAGCUGCAAUCAUCGAAGAUGAUCGGGCCAUCAUCACUGCUGGUGGGAGCAUGGGGAUGUAUCGGUACGCGCCUAAUGGGAUGCGACAGUUCCUGCCAUACGGGACGGGAGUUUCUUCCUCCCCGGCUCUGGCUUCGGUUCCUGUUCAUGUCCCUGCGCCAGCACUGUCUCAUAUCCAUGCUCAUAAUCCGGUUCACGGUCACGGUAAUCAGGCUUCAUACGUAGCUCCGAGACAAGGAGAGGUUAUAGAGCAGUUACCAAUUAUAUAA